CAGCCUGGAGAAAAGUCCUUAACCUCCCACAGAGACUGUUGUUUUGUGUUUUGUUUUGUUGUGUAGUGUUGUUGCGUUGGACUUGGUGCUGUGUGUGUGUGUGUGUGUGUGUGUGUGAGAGUGUGUGAGUGUGAGUCUGAGUGUGCACCAUUACCGGACCCUCGUUUUAACCCAGCGUGCAACCAAACGGUGAAUCCGUCGUGAGCCCCACAGCUGCUACCCGGAAAUAUUACAAGGGCCGGAAAGGACCAAUGUUAAGGGAGCACACGUCACUCACUUUUACCCAAAAAUAUUGCCACCGAGCGUCCAAAUCCCUCUCGGCCGUCGAAAGCUUCGGCCGAACAGCUCCCGCCGGCGCAGACUGUCGAGAUGAAGUGUCGAGGAGGAAGCUGCGGAGCCCGUCGGCGUUGAUUUCUGCGGUGGAAGCGCUCACCGAGCUCAGCAUCACUGAAAAUGGCUCUGGCUAUCGACUGGAAAACAGCACGCAGAAAUGGAAGCGGCGACUGCUAGCUAGGCGGCCAGAAGAAGGCGUGACAGGCCUCAUCCAUCCGCAACCGUGCUCCCGCCACCGGACGCGAAGGACUCGCUGAUUUACAGUAAGAUGAGAAGCGGCCAAACAGACGAUAGAUUCUCUCCCGCAUCGGCCAGAGGAGCUCACUCCCCUCCAGCUUCAUCGCAUCGAUUAGAGGAAACGGUAAGAUUUUCACGAGGUGAGCAAAGCGAGAUUCAAAAGUGAGGGAUGCUACUGUAGCCAGUGCACUUCAAGGAGCUUCAUUAGGAGAAUAACAAUCCAUCCUAACGGGCAUCAAACAACUUGCAACUUAAUGCAACAGUUAGACUUUCUGUCCUCGCCAUUUUUGCAGAUGAAAAGUGGCUCUAUAGUUAAAUAGCUUAUAUGUAACCUCAUAAUAUUGUUGGUAGUUGGUGUUAGAUUAGUUAUAAUUUAGCUUAAUAGUUAUUGCACAUGAAAGAAGAUCGGUUUAGUAUCUAAACAGGUAGCAACCAUGCAGCAAAGUGCUGUAAAUAUACACAAAAACGAACCAUUGUCCAUGGAUGAACUGUAAUUAGCCUGAAGUAUGUGCAGUUUGAAUGGAUAUAAUUUAAUAUCUGCUGUUCAGUCAUCCUCUUGACCCAUGGUAAGGUAAUACACAGCACAUGACACUGUAAUUAUCCCCCAUUAUGCCCACUGCAAAUAGUCCUUUGAAGACAUCUAUGAAACAAAAGAAAAUCCAGAGAUUUUCAUACUAUGUCCACUGAUUCUACGCUAAAAAUGAAACUGACAGUUGUGUAAUGGACUCAAUAUUGUACCGCGUUGAGCGUGUUGGUCUGUCUAGUAAUAAACUAAAAAAAGAAUUGAGAAAAGUCAAUGGUGAAACAGUCAAAGGUGCCUAUAUGGUGCACCUGAGGGUUCCCAAAAACAUUUAUCCUAAGCAUCGUAUGAACAUAAUUAACAUUUUUUUGCUGGACAGGUUGACCUGCAUUUGCUUCUCCCUGACGUCAAGUUUAACACUAAUGACUAAUGAAUGUGUUUAUGCUGAAAAGGAAAACCUGGAUAAGGGACUGACAUUGUUCCAAUUUAAGGUAUGCAGAAAUAUGAGAAGGGAAGCCAGAUGUUUCUAGUCUCUACCAUUGUGAUAAUUGGUUCUGUCAAAAUGUAAAUCAGUAAAACUAUAAAAGCCACAAAAGUAUUUAUUAGAGAAAAUUAAAGAGCCACGCUGCAAUGUAGCCAGUCUUUUUUUUAACCUUAUGUUAUUUGAAACACAGAUUGUAGUUUGAGAAGUGGUAUUUCAACGGCUGAAAGUUGGCAAUGGCAUUUUUUUAUAUUUGCUUGUGUGGUUGUCUGUUAACACAUAAUGUACACUGGGAAAAGAGUGAACUUCCUUGAGGUAAUAACUAGAAGUCAUGUUAUCCACAAGUGUGACAGCGCAAGUGGUAAAAUGUAGCAGGGAUUCCACCGGUUUAAGUAGUGUGGGCAUAAUCCAAAUAAGCAGCCACAUACAGCUACACCUGCAAUUAACCAAAAGUGAAACUUCUGCUGUAUAAUGUGGUUUUUCAUCCAACACUGCCAUGCCUCAUUGUGUUUUGCCUUAGUCUCAUUUAAUAAAUAUUUGGUACUGGCAGAAUACAAGCACCGAAACCUGCCAUUAAGAGCUAUGUGUAUAAACAAUAAGAAUGUUGAAAAUAACUUUUGCCUCCAUAGUACUGAUAAAAAAAGAAUUGGCAACAGGUCUGAUAUCAUGGUAAGUUGUUAUAAAAGUUUAAAAUUGGAAUUGCUGAGAUUUGUAUGUCUUCACCCAACAUAAAUAUAUGUACUGGCUCACAACAAUAAGAAAUAUGAGGUAGGCAAAUAGCAGAAUAGAUCUAGUCACAAAAACAUUGUAUAUAAAAUAUUUGUAGUAUGAAAUUUAAUAUAUAAAAACCCAGUGUAAUCACUUAUUAGCCUCUAACCUGCUAUUGAAUGCACAGUAAGUAAAGUAUUAUGAAUCCUAGCACUGUUCCCCUCUAUGACUGUCGUGUCUGUUUGAAUUUUGUUUUCUUUCAGCUUUAGGAGCUUCUUCGCUGAACACGGAUGAGGAAACUUGCAUAAAUGAAGGAAAAUGUCAACGCUGUAACUCAAAGGCAACAAGAAGAAGUUAUUUGAACUGCUUCUCAAUAAAGCUAUUCUAAGCAAUUUUUAAAUUAGGUGGAACUCGUCUACUUGUCAAAAAGACACUUUACCCUUUGAUCAUAAACUCAUCUUCCUGGCUGCCCCACUCGUUUUGGAAGUAGAGUGUGGGCCGUGGAUGAUCAAGUGGGAGUAGCAGCACCAGAAGUAAACAAUCUGGAGAAAGGAAUUUUAGAUUUAAGGUGACUUUCGAGUAGUUCUGAAAAAGUAGCAUAACUCAACCUUUGGGUAAAGUUUGUCUUUCACCAGUCAGUGGUGGGAUCAUUGUUUGCCGCUCCUAGUGCUGGAGGUUUGGCCCCUGCACCCCCAUGUGCCAGUGAGUGGGAAAUGUUCCAAUUUGGAAAGUAUAAUUUGGACAUUAUAGAGAUGUUAAGUGGGCACCAGGCCCACCAGUUCAAAGGCCUUGGUUUAGAUCGACAACUACAGCAUCAACAGCAAGUGCAACUUCACCAGCAUCAACUCCAGCAGCAGCAGCAGCAGCAGGCUGAGUCUUCUGGAGCCCUUCUGUCUGGACUUGGCUUGGGCCCCCUGCAGGGGUCUAGAGGUAACGCCUUUUCUGAUUCUGCCUCCAUUUUUGCCAAGAUGAGUGCCCCUCCUCCCCCACCUUUACAACAACAGCCUUCUUCAUCUCAAAGCUCUCGUUCAAAGUCAAGCAAGAUGAGCAGCAGCAGCUCAAGCCAUUCUUCAGGCUACCCACAGUUCCUGCGCUCUUUCCACCCGUCUGAGGCAGCACUAGCACAGGAGCAGUUACACCCAAGUGUAGGCCGCUUUGAGCACUUUGCUGGGGGAAGUAGCAGUAGUGGGAGUGCUGGGGGAUUAGGAGGAUUAGUAACAUCAGCACCUCCACCCCCUCCUCCUCUGCAUCCUGGCCUCUCUGUCCCCCAAGCAUCACCUGGUCCCUCCUCCUCCUCUCCUUCUCCUUCAACCUCUGUGGCCACCUCUAAUAACCCCUCUAGCAGCAGUGCAGUCAGCUCUUUGGGACACCAGUUAGUUGGGGCCCAGUCUGAUGCACGGAGCCUUCACCAACAAUUUAGUUGCAUGUUAGCUGCUAAUCAGUAUUUCCUUUCUGGGGUCCCUGCUAAUGCUAGUUUAGAGCAAUUUCUUGUUCAACAGGGAACCCAUAAUCACUUAGGCAUUGGUUUAAGUCAGACUGGUGGGGAACCUAGUACUAGCCUCGCUCCGCCUCCUGCUUUGCAUUCCUCUCACUCACAUAGCCACUCUUCUAGCCAGCCACAGCAGCCUCCCCUGCAGCAGCAGCAGCUUCCACCUCACGCCCUUUCUCACCCUCACUCUCAUUCUCAUCCUCACCACCCGCUUCACCCAGGCCCCCAACCCUCAUCACUCAGUGGCUUUGACUUUCAGGGCAUCCCUGUACUUUCUUCAAAUCAGAUAGCUUCUCUAAUGCAGCAGGAAGCAGGUUUGCCCCUCCAUCUCCCCCUUCAUUUAUCCUUAUGUAAGGACGAUGGUAAAGGGGAAAGUACUGGAGGUGGAAGUAGUAGCAGUGGUAGCCACAGCAGUAGAAGAAAGAAAGCUAUGGCUGGUUAUUUGCCACAGAGAAAAUCCGAAAACAAUAGUAAUAGCAGCAGCAGCCACGGGCACAGCAGCCACAGUAAUCCCAGUGCUAGUAGUAAUGGAGGACUAAGUCAUGGUCAGCCACCAGCUUUAAUUGGGAGUGGGGUUGGUAUGUCAAAUAUGGGUGGAGACCCAUCCUCCCUUCUUGCUUCAUCAUCUUCAUCCUCAUCCGUAGUUUCUUCCUCCUCCUCCUCUGCACCCUCUUCCACUGCUGCCUCAGUACUGGUUACUAAUGAUUCUCACCAUUCUAAAUCUGAUAACCAGGGCUUAUUGCAGCCCAACCCCACAGAGUCAGACACAGAGCCCCUUUAUAGCUGUGGGGAGUGUGCCAAAAGCUUUCCUCACCUUUCAAGCCUUCGCAGGCACUUACGCAUGCAUGAGCCAACCACAGCAGGUUCUAACAAUAGUACCAAUACUGGGCCAAACCCUAUUCACAUUAAAGCACAGGAUCAAACACAGUCUGACCCAAGCCUUCCCCAUUCGACCCAAGAAACUAUCCAACCCUCAUCCAAUUCUUGUUCUAGCCCAGACAAAGUAUUUCAUUGCCCUGAUUGUAGCAAAGCCUUUAAGAAAAAAGGGCACCUCCUGCAACAUGGAGUUUUACACUCUACAGCCCGCCCAUAUGGCUGCUCCACCUGCUCUCGGGCUUUUAAUCGUAGAGAGUCACUGACACGCCAUGAGAAGAUACAUGAGGAAAAGCCUUUCCGAUGUCCCGCCUGUGGCCGUGCCUUCCGUGAGAGCACAUCUCUUCUCAACCAUGCUGCCUCAGGCACCUGCGGCAAGCCAGGUAGGGGACCUAAACAACGGGGCAGCAAGACAGGAACUGAUGGUGAGGAGAGAGUUGGGGGAGGAGGUGGAGGAGGUGGAGGAGGUAAUGGAGGAGGGGGGACUUAUCAGAGCAAUAGAGGGGUUAUUUAUGGGAAAACUGAGGAAGAAGAUGGUGUUAUCAUUGUGGGGGAAGGAGAACCAAAAUCAGGUUUAGGAUGUGAUGGUCUGUUUCAGUCUGGAAGGGGAGGGAAUUCAAAUGAAAGGGACAGAACAGAUGGUAAAUACCCCACUGACUACUCUCGGAAUCGUUACACAGGCUACCAUGAUGACCACCGUUCUCAAGGUAAUCCAUCUCCAUGCUACUCUGGUGCCUCCCCCUGUGGAAGUGGGAUGGCGGGCCCAGCUCUGAGAAAGGCACCCUUGGCCCCAACACUGCAUCCACAUUCACAGAGCCACAGCCAGCACCACCAUCCUCAGCAACAGCCCCACCUGCCCCUUUCUUCUCUACUGGAUGACUCAGAGGAUGAUGUCACUAGCUCUGUCAAUAAUGCAAUCUCUGCUAUAACAGCAGCUAGUAACAGUGGAAAUAGAGGGGAUGAUAGGGGAGACAUCAUAGGAGGUCUGCUAGGUGGUCUUGGUUUAGGUCCUUUGGGCGCACCUUCAUCCACCUCUGGUAUGGAUAAGAAUUUCAGAGGUGCAGGGAGCCAGGAGGCUAUGAGCAGCAACCCACAGAAUCCUACUUCCAAACCAAAACGUCCGCGUAAACCCAGAGCUAAGAAAGAUCCUGCAGCUGGUGGACAGCCCCCCAAGCGUAGGCAGUACACCCCCAGAAUGGGGCCCAGUGGGCUCCCACGCACUCACCUCUGCAGUGUCUGUGGUAAGGGAUUUGCACGCCGUGAGACCUUACGCAGGCAUGACCGCAUCCAUACUGGAGAAAAGCCCCAUCACUGCACUGUUUGUGGAAAGUAUUUCAGAGAGGCUUUUCACCUUAGCAAGCAUCAAACAGUCCACUCUGGGGCAAAGAAUUACAAAUGCAGCAUUUGUGGCAAAGAGUUUGGUUACUCCCAGAGCCUGAGGAGGCACAGCAAACUCCACCAGAAAGGGGAGCUGGAAGAGGUGCCCACAACACCAGCUCCGGAGAACCUUAACAGCUUUAACCCAAACCCUCAAUGUAGCGUGGCCCAAGAAAGGAGCCAGAACCAAGCACCAAGCACCUCCUCCUAUUACUCCUACUCUCAAGAUGUCAAGCCUCAAGACACCAACCCCCAGCCACAGCCUCCACCCCCACCCCAACCACAACCCCCACCUCCACCUCGACUGUACACCUGUGCUAUAUGUUGGAAGUCUUUCCGCCAUCAUUUCCAUCUGACUGCUCACCACCAGACGGUUCAUGAAGGCGGGGGUGAAAAGCUCUUCUGCUGUGAGGUAUGUGGGAAAGCAUUUGCCUACUCCAAUAGCCUCACAAGACAUAGGCAGUCACAGCAUGGGAUGACCCGUGCUGAUACGUCUAACCCACAAGAAGGCAGUAGUGGGUCUGGAGACAACCGAGGUGGGAGUGAUGUUAAUCAGUCAACAUCAGAGAGCGAGGCUGCCACCAAUGUCCUGCUACAGCUGGCUCCUUCCACAGAGGGUCAUGGAGGGCAGAGUCUCAGUGUUGUGACUCAUAGCCACCAACAGGCACCCCCACAACCUCCAGGUGGUUACUCCCCUCUCUUUUAUGAUGCUGCAGCAGCCCAGCCUUCAGCCUCAAAUGCUCCAUCUUAUUCGCAGCCUCUGCCUCCAAACUCCACAAUCAUGCCCCCACACCACCCACAUUCCCCAGCUGGGGUGAAAGGAGAGCACAUAUACCCAGCUGGAUCCCGUAGCCGUACCCUUCACACCACAGCCCCGUUCCAGCCCCUUACAGAACUGCCCUCUACUGAACAUCAUCAUCUGCAUCACCAUCAUCAUCACUCCCACCAUCAUCUCCAUCAUCAGUCAGACACCCAGUCCCACCAACACCUUGACUGCAGCAACCAGUUAUCACACGAUGAUAUGAGACGAUUCAAGAAGAAAAAAAAAAAGUCCGACAGGAGAGAUUGGAGGGAAAAUAAAUGGGAAUCCCAAGAUUUAGUCAGAUAUGAUGGAAGCAAAAAGAAGAGAAAGAUAAGUUGUACAAUAAGAGGGCAGUUGAAUAAAAAGCAAGGCUCUCUUCGUUUGACAAUUAGGCGUGGAGGAGGAUCAGGUGGUGGUGGGUACAAGCUUGUCAACACUGGGGGGAUGAAGGUGCAGAUCCUGUCAUCUCUCAAAGUCCCUGUGAAACGUUUUGGCUGUCCUAUAUGCCCCAAUUCUGUGUUUUCCCGCAAAGCGGGACUUCUAGUCCACAUGGCAGUUAAACAUUCACAAAAAGUCUCGACCACUCAGGAGCGACUGAGCUGCAGUGUAUGUGGGAAGCAGUCUCACAGGCCCUUGGCGGCCUUCGUCCAUCGGGCCUCCCAUCGUGCCAAAGGGACUUUCUCCUGUCGACGCUGCUCUGCUCGCUUCUGGAAUGCUACACUUCUCCACAGGCACAAGGUGUCCUGCCGCCGCAGGGCUAAAGGACUGCAGCGAGGUGAUGAUAAGAUGCUUAGGCUUUCAAAAAGACCAGGAGAGAGAGAGGCCUUCCAGGGUCAGGAGGAGAUGCCACUCCUACAGGAACCAUACAGAUACUGAACAACUUAGCAUCUGAAUAUUGGCAUAAAAGAGGGAUAUUUCAGGUUUAAAAUGGGAAGGUGAGAAAAAAAGGGACAUGAAAAGGCAUCCACUGCCUUGAGGAGAAUAUGCCUCGUGUCUCUGUUGACAUGUUUUCUGCUGACUUUUAGAAUGAGUGUGUUAACAACUACUGUAGAGCAUCCAAUAAAAUAUCACCAGAUAUUCUUCCAGUUUAUAUUGGAAGAUGUCUUUAAAGACGUGACUGUUUGCAUAGGAUCAUUAACCCCUUAAGUGCAUUGACACUAUGCUUGGCUGACACUGUGCAGUUACUAGACAAGUUUAGUUGAAAUGACCUGCUAAUGUAUCUAUCUUUCCCAUAACUAGAAUCCCUGCUACACUUUUUGCUGUAUGAUAAACGUCUCUGCUGUGUACUAUGUCUUGUUGUUGUUCACGUAGAGGCUCUGAGGAUUUUUUUUUUAAAUGUAAAGUGCAUUUAUUAGGAAUAGGGACAUGGGGACAAAGACCUUUGUUGAUAGUUUGUCAGUGCAUGUUUGUUCUCUGGUCAAGUUUUUUGCUGAGGUUGUAAAAUCACUCCUACAGUAUGUGAUGGUUUAUUCAGUAUAUCCCCGAAAGUUUGUAGUGUAAAACUUGAUUUGAAAGUUACUCUAUAUUCCCUAGUGAUUCAAUCACAUAUAGAUAAAAUGUCAAAUUUGCUGGUAAUUAGCAUUACAAGGAUCCCUCUCCUGCCAAAAUGAAGAAACUUAUUAACGCCUUGCUUAUUAUGUUCACUUUACUGCAUUUAUUUGAGAUAUUCCUAGCUUUUAUACCAAGAGAUUGAGAACUGGUUAAACAAGUGGACUGUAACACAUGUUUAUCUCAUGUUAUUUGUAUGCUCUUUUUAGCAAUGAUUAUUUCUACUGUACUUCACGGCGUGUUAAAGACAUGGACCUAUCAUGAUAGAAACAAAAGUAAUAUUCCAUGUAUUUGUGUGUAACCCAAUCAGUUUUCAUACCAAUCUUAUACUUAACCCCUUUUACCUUUUUACUUUUUUGCUGAGUUGCAAUCAUAUUCUUACUGUCGAGCCUUGUUUUUUUUUUCUUCUGAAGAAAAAUAAGUUUUAAGUACAUUUUGUCACUUUAUUCACAUAUGAAAUUGUCAUACCCCUGUCAAGCCUUUGUUUUUUUUUCUUCUAAAGAAAAAUAAUAGUUUUUAGUAGAUUUCUAUCACAUUAUUUACUGAGAAGUUAGUAGUUGAUUAUAUUUCAGCAAUGAAUAAACCUUAAGUGUAAUCAUUUGUUUUCCUUUCUUUUCUGAUUCAAAGUCACCUACUGCAAUCUCCAGAAUAUGAUACAAAACUGCUAGUCACCUAACACAAGUAAGAUGUAACUGUUACCAAAGUCAGUAUUGAAGUUUUACAAUUCUAUAUAUAGCUUAAUGUCCUAUGUGAAUUUCAUAUCACUCUGUGGAUUAAAUGGAUUUCAGGAUGUAGUUGAUAUACUAAUAAAUUUCAUUCAAGGCA